AUGGUUUCCAGGACUAUGAUUAUAGCAUUCCUAGUUUUGUUAAUGUACCUCUCAGUUACGAAUGCAUCGAACAUUUCAACUGAUGAGGCUUCUCUUUUAGCUUUCAAAGCUCAAAUAACUUCAGACCCUAACGGAAUGUUGUCAAAAAACUGGACAAAAGGGACUCACAUUUGCAAGUGGAUAGGCAUAUCUUGCAGUAAAAAGCAUAAAAGAGUGACAUCAUUAGACCUCAAAAGCUUUGGAUUUAGAGGUUCAAUAGCAAAAGAAAUUGGGAACCUCUCCUUCCUUAACUUUUUGGACAUUGGAAACAACAGUUUCCAUGGACAAAUCCCUGAUGAAAUUGGGAACCUGAGGCGUUUAAACUACUUGUCUUUGCAAAUGAAUAAUCUCACUGAUCAAAUCCCAGAAAGCCUUGGAUUUCUCACAAGGCUUCAAGUUCUUGAUCUUUCUGAAAAUGAUCUAUUUGGAAAUGUUCCAUUUUCCAUUUCCAAUGUGUCUUCCUUAAAGAUCAUUGAUUUGGGAUUUAAUCGGAUUAGUGGGAAUCUCCCAAGGGGAUUAUGUGCUAGGCUUCCAAAUCUGCAAGGUUUAUUUCUCUCAAAAAAUCAAUUAGCAGGACAAAUCCCAAGUGGGCUGAAUCAAUGCACACAACUUAUUUACCUUUCCCUGUCAUAUAAUCAGCUCACAGGAAGUUUGCCAAGAGACAUGUGGAAUUUGACAAAGCUUCGAGAAUUAUAUCUUGGAUGGAAUAACAUAACAGUCCCGUCUCAGUCUAAGGUUCAAUAA